ACCGCUCAGUUCGGGUGUGUCUCUUCAACGCAACGGUUGUCCAAGAAUGCCUCAGCUAGUUCUCUAUACGCUGCACUUAAGCCCACCGUGCCGGGCUGUGGAACUGACGGCCAAAGCGUUGGGUUUGGAACUGGAGCAGAAGAACGUAAACCUGCUGGCCGGUGAUCAUUUGCAGCCGGAGUUCUUGAAGCUUAACCCCCAACAUACGAUCCCAGUGCUGGAUGACGACGGUACGAUCAUUACCGAGAGCCAUGCGAUCAUGAUCUAUCUGGUGACCAAGUACGGUAAGGAUGAUUCUCUCUAUCCGAAGGAUCCGGCCCGCCAGGCGCGUGUGAACGCUGCCCUACACUUUGAAUCUGGUGUACUGUUUGCUCGGAUGCGAUUCAUCUUUGAACGUAUUCUUUUCUACGGGCAAUCGGACAUCCCCGAGGAUCGGGUUGAGUAUGUGCAGAAAUCGUACCGCUUGCUGGAGGAUACUCUGUUGGAUGAUUUUGUGGCUGGCCCAACCAUGACGAUUGCUGACUUUAGCUGCAUCUCCACUAUCUCUAGUAUUAUGGGCGUUGUUCCGCUGGACAAAUCGGAACAUCCGCGAAUUUACGAGUGGAUCGAUCGGCUAAAACAGUUGCCGUAUUACGAGGAAGCCAAUGGUGGCGGUGGAACCGAUUUAGGAAAGUUUGUACUAGCCAAGAAGGAAGAGAAUGCUAAAAUGCCAUCCAAAAUUAAACUAUACACGGCCAAACUAAGCCCACCGGGUCGGGCAGUGCAGUUGACGGGCAAGGCACUGGGGCUUGAGUUUGACAUCGUCCCCAUCAAUCUGAUCGCGGGCGAUCAUCUGAAGGAAGAGUUCCGGAAGCUCAAUCCACAGCAUACGAUUCCGCUGAUCGAUGACAACGGUACCGUCGUGUGGGAUAGCCAUGCGAUCAAUGUGUAUCUGGUGACAAAGUACGGUAAGGAUGAUAGCCUCUACCCGCCCGAUCCGGUGACACGGUCCAAGGUCAAUGCGGGACUGCACUUCGAUUCGGGCGUACUGUUCGCCCGAUUCCGGUUCUAUAUGGAACCAAUACUGUACUUCGGAUCUACCGAGACACCACAGGAGAAGAUCGACAAUCUGUACCGAGCGUACCAGCUGCUGAACGAUACGCUGGUGGAUGAUUAUAUUGUGGGCAAUCAGAUAACACUGGCCGAUCUGAGCUGCAUUGCCAGCAUUGCUUCGAUGCAUGCCAUCUUCCCGAUUGAUGCAGCCAAGUAUCCGAAGCUGGCUGCCUGGGUGGAACGUUUCGAAAAGUUGCCGUAUUACAAGGAUACGAAUCAGGCAGGUGCCGACGAGCUGGCGCGGCUGUAUCACGCCAAGUUGGAGGAAAACCGUGCCAAAGCUAAGUGA